UGACAGCAGCCGGUUUAUGUAUUGUCAGAGACAGCUGUGUGGAUCAUAGGAGCUGCAUAAAAGAGGACACCGUUAGUUCAUCAGUUUCUCUUCAUAUCAAGUGUCUUGCGAGAACUUCCCUGGACACUUCCCAGCGCAUAACGGAGGUUAUUCAUCAGGAAUAAAGGAAACGCUAACAAUUUAAUGAGAAAGCUGACUGAAAGAAGAUGUGUGCAGCUGUGUAUGUCCUGUCGACAGUAACGGGCUACAUGCUCACCUCUGCUCUGCUUCUCAAAUGCCCGACUCUUUUGCACCGGAGGAAGCGAGAGGCUUUCCGCAGCAGACAUAUCUCCCAUCGCGGAGGCGCAGGUGAAAACCUGGAAAACACCAUGGCAGCUUUCAAGCAUGCUGUGGAUCUUGGCACUGACAUGCUGGAGUUGGAUUGCCACCUGACAAAAGAUGAAGAGGUUGUGGUUUCACAUGACGCCAACUUGCGGAGGUCUACCGGCCUCAACUCCUAUAUCUGUGACAAGACCUACGCUGAACUGCCUUCAUACCUCUGCAAGCUUGGUGUAACUUUCCAGAGAGAGUGUUUCUGCGAGGGCGGAGACGACAAGCGCAUUCCUCUCCUCAGGGACAUUUUUGAUGCAUUCCCAAAUACACCAGUCAACAUUGACAUCAAGGUCAACGACGACACACUUAUCAAAAAGGUCUCUGAGCUGGUUGUUAAGUACGACAGGGAGCACCUGACUGUCUGGGGCAACGCAAGCAACCAGAUUGUAAAGAAGUGUUACAAAGAGAACCCUCGUAUCCCCGUGUUGUUCAGCUUACCAAGAGUCCUGCAGCUGUUGGGACUCUUCUACACCGGCCUUCUGCCCUUUGUUCCUCUCAAGGAGCAGUUUCUAGAGAUCCCCAUGCCCUCUAUUAUUACCAAACUUAAGGGUCCUGACAGUUUGACUCGGGGUCAGCGGGUCCUCACAUGGCUCGCAGACACUUUGCUGAUGAGGAAAGCUUUGUUUCAGCAUCUAACUGCCAGAGGAAUCCAGGUGUACAUUUGGGUGCUGAACGAUGAGGAGGACUUCCAGAGGGCGUUUGACUUGGGAGCCACAGGAGUAAUGACAGAUUUUCCCACCAGGCUGAAAGCUUUCAUAGACACCAAUGGCAUCUCUAAGUCCCAGUGACCCCCUUCCAAAACACACACACACACACACACACACACAGGCACCCCUCCUUUACCCCAUGCAUUCCAGCACACCUCACACUGUGUAGGCUUCCAUGUCCAGCUCUGCAGACUGCACUGGUUGGAGGAAUCAGAUGUUGUACUUUUAACACAAAACCCUGUAUGUCCAAUCAUAUGAAAUCCUCUUAUCGGAUGCAUGUACAGUACCAGUCACAUGUACUAUGAAUCUAAAGUGUGAAAAAUAGUAAAAAAUAAAGAAAACCCUUCUAUUAGUAGGUGUACCCCAGAUACAGUGCACAGUAGCUAUAUUAUAAUAAUAUAGUAUACUGUAUUAUUGAUAAUACUGUUACUGUUGUGUGUCCAAACAUGUGGCUGGUAGUGUAUACAGAAUAUAUAACAAUAUCUCAGUUGAGUUUUUGUGUGUUUUUUUUAGGUUCUUGGCACCUCUGAUGCUCAAACACACAACAGUGUGCAAUAUUUAUCUUUUUCACACGGCUGCUUCAAAGAACACAACCUCUUAAAGAAUAUCUUAAAAAACGGGACAAAGUGGUCACUGAAAUAUUCUGUUUGUACGUCUUAAUCUUGAAUUUAUCUACCGAUUCAGACUUGAGUUUCUCAAGCCUUGACUUAAAGCUUAUUCUUUUAUAAAUUGAAUUAGUUAAUUGAUUUAAGUGAACAACAGUUUGUAGUAUAACUGUGUUAUGAUUUGUUAAUGUGCCAGUUAAACACCAGAAUGAUGCGGUUCGGUGUUAGUCAUGUAAAUUUACCAGCAGCUUUAAAUUGAGCUCAGAUUUCUGUCUUUAAAAAAAAAAAACUUUUUUACUCUGACCGUCACUUAUCACAUGCAAUAAUACACUUGGCAUUUUUUUUUGUUGCCGGAUUCAGCCAGAAAUGAUGCUACAGGGUGCAGAAACACAUGUUCUCAAUGAGUUACUCAAGGAUUAGUUUCCAAUGAGCAGUAUGAAUACUGAGAUAUUUACAAGGCAAAGGCACGUUCAGUUUUAAUGUUGACUGCUCUGUAAAAACAAAUUCUGUUUUAAUAUGUUGAUUUUAAAAGUCAAUGUUUUUUAUAUUGCUUAGCUGUGUUUUUAUUAGUGUUUGUGUUUUCCUCUUACUUGUUGCUGAAAUGACUGAGGCAUUGUUUGUCCAUCAAUCAAUGGGAGAGAGCGAUUUUGCACAUAAAAUGAAAUGAAUGGUAUUUUUGUCAAUUAUGUAAACAACAUUGAAAUUCGUAUUUAAGUGACAUGAACACUAUUUAAAUGUGUGAGCUUUAACGUGUAUUACAGAAGCACAGACAUGUUUAUUGAUUACUUUUUUUUGUGGUCACUUGAAUUUGAAAUGCAUUAAAGGCAGCAGAUCUCAUACUGGGGGUGAGACCAUCAGGAUUAUCAUACCACUGACAUUCACUAAUCCAAACUUGUGACCACGCUGAGGGUCAUUCAUGAAUGUAGUAUUGGUUGAAUGCAUUAAGUGGUGUUUGGUACUCUACAGUUAAACAGGGUUGUUGAUCUGUGGUUUUGAAUUUUGUAUUUGUGCAAUCACUGAAUUUUGUGACUGAAAUCAUAUUUCUUUGAGAGAGCAUUUGAUUAUCUAUGAAGCAUACAGAAUCUUACUGUUAUAUAUUUUUGAUUUAAUCUCAUGUGGUGCACUGGGUGUUUAUUUGUUUUACAUGCCAAAAUGAAUUUGUGUUAAGAUGUUAAAUGUGUGAUGUUGUGAUUUUGACAAGACGUGGGACUUGGUUUCUUAGACAUCAAAUGCCUUAUCCCACAAUGAGUGUACUUUGCUUGAGGAGCAUUAAAAAGUACUUUUUUAAAUCAAUAUUAAUAAAAACUCAAAUAUG